AUGGAUCCAGCUGGAAUCAGCGCGGAGGAUCGAGCCCUCAUUCAGCAGCUGCGCCAAGAAAUCCAGGCGGAACUGUUGCUGGUACCAGCCUACGACGAUCAGUACAGCCUGCUGCGCUGGCUGGUCGGAUGGGAUCGCAAAUUAGGUUCUUUUUACUGGUCUGCUUCCAUCGUCUUGUUUGUUGUUACUCAAGUUUGCUCGAGUGGCAUUUUCUAA